CGAUUGGCCGCGGGCUGGGGCUGGGGAAGCCUGGCCGCGGCCGGGAGCGGGGGCUGGCAGGAUAUGAGUUCUUAGUCAUGCAAUGAUGACGAUGAUACACACAAUGCCUGAUCAGGACAAAAAGCCGAAGAGCACAGAAAAAGCAACAGACAAAAAGCCUCAUGGGAUUUCUGUGAGGGAUUAUUCCGAUCUUAAAAGACUUCAGUCCCUCUUAAAUGUUCUGUCAAGCAAACAGCAGCUUCCAGCCAUAGGUUUCCAAAGUGGUCAAUCCAGCAUAACAAGAAGUCUGCAAAAUGUCAAAAACAAUGGACAAAACCCUCAUGGUCAGUGGCAAGAAUCAACUGAAGCUGUUGAACUUGAAAACUUUAGUGUGACCUACAAGAAUGAGAGAAAUUUUAGCAAACAUCCCAGACAUAAGCUGUUUCAAGAGAUCUUUACAGCUUUAGUUAAGAACAGAUUUACCUGCAGAGAGUGGGUUAAUCAAGCUCCAUCCAUCCAUUUUCUUAGAGUAUUAAUCUGCCUGAGAUUAUUAAUAAGGGAUCCAUGCUACCAGGAAAUGCUCCACAGCUUGGGUGGGGUUGAAAAUCUAGCUCAGUAUAUGGAAACAGUAGCAAAUAGCUAUCUUGAUUACGGAGAGGAGCAGCAUGGUAUAGACAAAUUGGUCAACAUGACAUACAUUCUUCAAAAGAUUGCUGCUGUUAAAGAUCAAAGAGAAUGGGUUAUAGCAAGUGGAGCACAUAAAACCUUAGUAAAUUUGUUGUCUGCCAGAGACAGUAAUGUGCUUUUAGGUGCCCUUCUUGCCCUGAUUAGCCUAGCAGAAAGUCCAGAAUGUAGGGAGAAGAUAAGUGAACUCACCAUUGUUGAGAACUUGCUGGUGAUAUUACAUGAAUACGAUUUGCUUUCUAAAAGGCUAACAGCAGAGUUGUUACGUCUCCUAUGUGCAGAGUCACAGGUCAAAGAACAAGUAAAAAUAUAUGAAGGAAUUCCAGUUUUGCUCAGUUUACUCCAUUCUGAUCAUAUUAAGCUUCUAUGGAGUGUAGUUUGGAUUCUGGUACAGGUUUGUGAAGACCCUGAGACUAGUGCGGAAAUCCGUGUUUGGGGUGGAAUCAAGCAGCUCCUUCAUAUACUACAGGGGGAAAGAAAUCUUGUUUCUGAUCGCUCUUCAGUUGGAAGUUUAUCUAGUGCGAAUGCAGCAGGCAGAAUCCAAUAUCUUCAUUUGUCAGAUGAUUUGAGUUCCGAUGAGAUACAAGAAAAUACUUUCUCCCUUCAAGCAGCUUGUUGUGCUGCAAUUACUGAACUGGUGCUCAAUGACACUAACGCUUACAGUGUAGUACAGGCAAAUGGAAUAUAUACAAUAGCAAAGCUUAUUUUACCAAACAAAGAAAGGAAUGCUGAAAAAGCUAAUUUAUUGCAGUGUUAUGCUUUCAGAGCCUUGAGAUUUCUCUUCAGUAUGGAAAGAAAUCGACAUAUCUUUAAAAGACUUUUUCCGACUGACUUGUUUGAAAUCUUCAUUGAUAUUGGACAUUACGUGCGUGAUAUUAGUGCUUAUGAAGAGCUGGUAUCAAAGCUGAAUUUAUUAAAGGAGGAUGAAUUGAAGCAAAUUGCUGAAAGUAUUGAGAGCAUCAAUCAGAAUAAAGCGCCUACAAAACAUAUAGGCAAUUACGCAGUUUUAGAACACCUUGGCAGUGGAGCUUUUGGAAGUGUAUAUAAGGUUAGAAAACAUAAUGGUCAAAAUCUUCUGGCAAUGAAAGAAGUCAAUUUACACAAUCCUGCAUUUGGAAAAGACAAAAAAGACAGAGACAGCAGUGUAAAGAACAUUGUCUCUGAAUUAACUAUCAUCAAAGAGCAGCUUUAUCAUCCAAAUGUGGUACGCUAUUACAGAACUUUCUUGGAAAAUGACAGGUUGUACAUAGUCAUGGAGCUCAUAGACGGAGUGCCAUUGGGAGACCAUUUUCACUCUUUGAAGGAAAAGAAACAGCAGUUUACAGAAGAAAGAAUGUGGCAUAUAUUUAUCCAACUUUGCCUAGCUCUUCGUUAUCUGCAUAAAGAGAAAAUGAUUGUUCAUCGAGAUCUCACUCCAAACAACGUCAUGCUGGGGGAUAAAGACAAAGUUACAAUUACUGAUUUUGGUCUUGCAAAACAGAAGCAAGAAAACAGCAAACUCGCAUCAGUAGUAGGAACCAUUCUGUACUCCUGCCCUGAAGUUGUGAAGAGUGAGCCGUAUGGAGAGAAAGCUGAUGUAUGGGCUGCAGGAUGCAUCCUUUAUCAGAUGGCAACUCUGAACCCACCAUUUUACAGCACCAAUAUGCUCUCCUUGGCAACUAAGAUAGUAGGGGCUGCGUAUGAACCUGUGCCAGAAGGACUGUACUCUGAAAAAGUGUCACUUACUAUUAAAAGGUGCUUGACUCCUGAUGCAGAGACACGUCCAGACAUAGUGGAGGUCAGCUCUCUGCUGUCUGAUGUGAUGAUGAAAUACUUGGAUGUUUUAUCCACCUCCCAUCUCAUGUUGGAGAAGAAAGUGGAGCGGGAGAGGAGACGAACCCAGAGGUACUUCAUGGAGACUAAUCGAAAUGCAGUAACCUGUCACCGUCAGCUUUCCAUUUUAUCCCAAAAGCAUUAUGAGAAGUUGAGUCUUCUUAGCAGCACCAGUGGAACACCUAGUUGCAAAACUGAAUUUUCAGAAAACAUUGACAUCCCAGCUGAAAGUUUUCAAUCUGCAUGUGGAAAAGAUGAGGAAAGAACAUAUGAAGAAGCCCUGAUAGAGAACAACAGCACUUUAGAAAACUCUGAGAAAGAUAUGUUCUCAGAAUUAGAUGAUGAGCAGGAUGGAUUGGACAAUUCAAGUAGCUCCAGUCCAAGUCAUUUGAAAGAAUCUGCUUUUGGUAUAAUUAAACGAAGUCUCAGUGCUUCGGAAAGACAACCCCAGAUUAGAGAUUAUAUUGAAGGCCUGGGAUCAAGACUGCGACCAGCAUCGACAGGAAUUGCUGUCUCACAAAGGAAGGUGCGUCAGAUCAGUGACCCUGUUCAGCAGAUUCUUAUUCAGCUCCACAAAAUUAUCUUCAUCACUCAACUUCCUCCAGCUUUGCAGUGCAACUUGAAAAGGAGAGUCAUUGAAAGAUUCAAGAAGUCCCUCUUCAGUCAGCAGAGCAAUCCUUGUAAUCUGAAAUCAGAAAUGAAAAAGCUGCUCCAAGGUUCUCCUGAAAUGAUUGAGCCCAACAUCUUUGCAGCAGAUUGUCAUGUGGUACUUCUCUCAUCAGCUGCAAAUACAUUAGUUCCAGAUGAUAGAAAAGGUAUUGUUGGCACUUCUGACAUAGGAGAAGGGAUGACAUAUGAACAGUUGCAGACCAUAAUUGAAGAGGUUCUAGAGGAAAGUGGUUAUUACAAUUUCUCUUCAAACAGGUAUUUCUACUAUCCAACAAAGGACUAUCCAGCAAAAGAAGAGAACUCAUAAUUCUGAACAAAGAGUUUAGAACUGCUCCUGGUGAAGUCAAACUGCCUGUGUUUCAGCUGUUGCUGUCUGAUUACCAAAGGGGGCAAGUUUUGCUCGUUAAAUAGCAACGAGAAGGAAUUCAAGUGUUGGACAGUUUCAAGAAACCUUGUGAUUUUUCAGGAUGAUACUGUUAACUUUAGCUUUGUUUACAGCAUAAGCACUUUACAUAGAACCCUGUGAACAAUGCUUCCAGGUUUAUACAUUAUGAGGAAAACACGACUCCCAGCAGUACAUACCUUCUAUUUUUAUGUAUUUUUUUAAGAAUUGCUGCAUAGUCAGGCUUUUCAUAGUUCAAAGCCUGUAGCCUUAUUUAUAUCCACUUAUGUCUUCCAAGGGAAGAAAAAAGCUUUGCAAUAUCACCAGAUAGAAAAUAUAUGUAGGUUCCCUGUAUGAAAAUUAGAAACAGAUUAAACAUCGACAAUAUGAUUUUAAUAUUUAGAUUUUUUUUUACUUGCAUUUAGGUAGCUGCAAAUUCUAAUGCUUGUAUGACAUGUUAAUAGUCAUUAUUUGCAACUGGCAUAGCACCUGGAAGGACUGUUAUUUUAAAAUAGCUGUUUUUACAGCUAUUUCAAAAUGUCUGUAUAUUAUAUGUCAAUUUUUAGGCAUGCAUUUUAUAGACAUGUGUAUAUAAAGUGUCAUAUGCAUACAUUUUAUAUACACAUUCAUUUAUUAACAGACUAAAUUAAAUACAUGCUUUGCUAAUCAAAACUUUAGUACUAAAAAGAACUUUGAGAAUUUCAAUAUUUAUUCACUCUAUAUUAAAUGGAGAUAAAAAUCUCACUGUAGCAGCAAGAAGCUUUUUUUGUGUGUGUGUGUCUACAAUUCAGUAAGGAAUACUUAUAAAGUACAAAGGCUUUUCUAUGCAGUUGAUACUGUGGCAAUCUUAACUGUUGAAAAUAACCAGAAUGCACUUGCUGACAUUGUUGAAAAUUAUUAAAGUUAUGGUCAUCAUAUGAUUAUUCAUAAGUAAUUUGAUACAGAGGUACAUUCUGUGCUUUUCAAAGGCUGGCGAAGAUUGUUCCCCAUCUUCCCCAGCUCCAGUAGUUUGUUUUUAACUAUAAAUUGCUAACUAGCAUUCAUUUCCUAACAACUCAAGAGUAUUCAAGGUAUUAUUGCUAUUCAAGGUAUUCAAGUAAUUCAAGGUAUUAUUUCACCUAUAAUGCAUGACUUACAAUCCAAAUUAUGAAGUGGUGAAAAAGGACUCUCUUUUCAUAUAUAUAUUAUGCAAAAAGUCAUCAGGUGCUAUCUUUACACCUACACAAUAGUAUAGUUAUAACAGCAAAGGUCUAUUAAUGGCUGCUUUAGAAAUCAAAUCAAAAGGGUAAAGUUGGUCAUUGUAUGUUCUAUAGUGAGGACAUAGAUAAAGUGUUCUGAAGAAGGAAAAUAGCACGUGCUAUUGACGUCCUUGUGGAGUCAAUGUAAAGGAGAACCAGCAUUUUGUCUUCAGUCAGUCUCAUUUAACUUUAAUAUUUACCAUCAUUGCAUAUCCUUCAAUUAUCCCCUGCUCUCUUCUUUCCCUGUACCUGCUGCCAUGGGUAAUACUAAACAUUAUACAGGUGUAUCUCCUUAUGUCUGUCUGAAGGAGAGGGCCACCUAACACUUGUCAGUGAUUGACAGUGACAGUGUGCCAUGCCUGCAACUUUACCACCACAUCUUACUGAAUGUAGACCCCAACCUUAAAGUAUGUUCUUUUAAGUGUAAUUUUAGCCAGUAACGUCCAUAUGGCAUCUGUUUUAAGGACACAAAUUAAAGAUUGUACAUGCUGUAACUACAGCAAAAUGAAAAUGAAUGUCAUUACCUUGGGCAUCUUCAAAAACAGGUAUUUUCUACCUGGCAAACCUGAAGGUAGCCUUAGUAUAAUUUCCCCUGUUUUUCUUUGUAGCUUUUGAAUGCUAAAGUAAACUCUGUCAUUUUGAAAUAGAAAGGUUCUCAGACAUCUUGCCUGGCCAAGGCAUAUAAUUCCAUAAGUUACUGUUUCCAAAGUUGUUUUAAUUACUGUAGAUGAUACAUUUCCUGCAAUGCUACCACUAAAAAAGCAAUUCCUAGUCUAGUUCAGUGUGCUAGUUUUGCUUUCCCUAGAAAGGGAAUGCAGUAUGUUUAAAUCUGAUGGAUUAUAAGGUAAAUCUACGCUGUAUAUGGCUGCCACUGGAACUGAUUUCACUGGUCUUUUAUCCAAAAACACUUCAUUUAAAUUAAACCUUGAUAUGCUAGUCCUACUCAAAUUGCAUUUCAAUUCUCAUAAUCAAUUUCCAUUAAAAUAGUAUGAAACAAGUCUACACUUAAAAUUGUAACCUAUUUUAAUAUCUUUGUGCAGAAAUGUCUUAUAAUUUUAAAAAGUCAGACUAAUGAAUUCAUUAGAAAUACUUUCAACCUUUUUUUCAAGAAUGUUUUGAAGUAGCAUUGUUUAUUUUUUGUCUGGAUGCAUGUGAUAGUGCAGUGUUCAUUCGUAUGUGAUGGCAUUAUUUUUGUUUAGAAAUGAAUAUGAUGACUCCUAUUAUAUUUCUCUUAAUAUAUUUGUAGUGCUGUUAACUUUGAAGCAAAUGUUGUGCUCAUUUUUGACUGUGAAUGAUGGAUUACUAGAUUGUGGCUAGCAAAGGAGAGCAAACUUCUUUCCAGUAACUACAGGAUGGGAUGUAGAUUGGUGGCAUGUCCAGCUGGG